AUGGGGAGUUCAAGAGUACUGGGUCUUGCAUUCUUGGUGUUACUCCUUGUGAACUUCUGCUUAGCCGCUAGGCCUUCUAUCUACACCGGACCUGCUGCUAAAGGAGGGGGAGGUGGUGGUGAAGGCGGGGGUGGCGGUGGUGGUGGUGGUCGUGGCUCUGGCAUUGGUUCGGGUUCUGGAUAUGGAUCUGGUUAUGGCUCUGGUAGUGGUUCUGGCUACGGUGGUGAGGAAGGAGAGGCGGAUGGAAGCGGUGGAGGUGGAGGUGGAGGUGGAGGUAGUGGUGGUGGGGGCGGCAGUGCCUCCGGCUAUGGUUCUGGUAGCGGAUCUGGAUAUGGAUCUGGAUACGGCUCAGUGGGUAUGGAAGCGGUGGUGGUAGAGGCGGUGGUGGAGGUGGCGGCGGCGGCGGCGGUGGUGGUGGUAGUGGUUCGGGCAACGGCAGUGGCUCUGGCUCUGGCUAUGGGUCAGGGUAUGGCUCCGGCGGUGGCCACGGGGGAACACCUUGAGGACACAGUUACCGUCUCUGUUGAACCCAUAAGUCUCAUUUCCAUGAUGUAG